GAUUUAAUUUGUAUUGCUAAGAUAGCUUCGAAAAUAUGGGUCCAGGUUAUCUGUUGUCAGUUAACAUAUUGUAAAAAAGGCCACCCUGACAAGACAAGCGAGGGUGAUGUGGCCCAUGCGUUCAAGGCUGGGUCUGGUGGAUCAGUAAAUCUGAAUGGAAACUUUCGUGAUAGAUUAUUAGAAUCAAGACUAUCCACACUGACUGGAGCAACAGACUCCAAACCUGACCGAAUUGAUCUGAGGGCAGACAGCAACGUCUACACUGUGUUAGAUUCCUUGAAUUCAGACUUCGAAAAUCUCAGCUUUCUUAAUGAUUCAUCCGAUGUGGUGUUGGGGGAGAAUAAGAAUGGCACAAAAUCUUCAGCAGGUUAUACAGUUGGUGGCGACACGCAUUCAGAAUCCUCAAAUGUUUAUUCAUUUGGUAGUACUGGUAACAUGCAUUUGGACAGUUUAGGUAAAACCGGUCUAAACGGUACGGUACUAGCAAACAGUACUUUGUUACGUUUCAGUCCAUUGACAGUGAAAUAUGACACAGAUUCAGGUUUUGGGAAAGAAAAGGAGACCGAUGUUUCAGAGCAGGUGACUCAAGAGACUGAUAUGGAAGUUGAUUUGCCUUAUACCCCAGAAAGACAGCCUCCAAAUGAGAUGACCAUUGAUGUGUCUACAACACCACGAGGCAAGCCUUAUUGCAUCGAAACAUUUGAUGAGGUUUCCAGUCAAUUUCAGUGCAAUUAUUGUGGAGCUUACAAAGAGUGUGAGGAAGUAACCCAAUGCUGUGAUGGACAUGCCGUAUGUCAAAAAUGUAUUGAACCAGAGGUCAAGGCCAUUUUUGCCAGUGACAGCCAGGUUCAUAUCAAUUGUCCCAUUAAUCUGUGCGAGAGUGAGAUUCCUAUUGGUGAAGCAAAGAAGAUUCUCCCGUCCAUGGUGAUAGACUUGGUCCAGGAUAAAAUGGAUAAAUAUUGCCUAGAAAGUAUCAACAACAUGCCAAACAUGUUCAAGUGUCCAGAUUGUGGAGUGCCUGUUGAGAUGGCUCCUGGGAAUAAAGAAUUCCAGUGUCAAAAUGAAGAUUGCAUGAUGACAUGUUGCUGCUACUGCAAGAAGCCAUGGAAUGAUAGAGACUACUCCAGCUGCAGCCCGGUGCUUUUGGCAGCAGACGACAUUGCUGGUAUGGAACAGUUGCCACAACACUGGGACCCAAUGCCAGAUAAGGACACGGAUUUCAUCAGAGUAAAGUUACAGCCGGGAUCGGAAGAAUACAAAACCGUGAUAGAUAGCUUCCGUCACACGAUGCGAGGCAGACUGGUGAAGUCGAUCAGACGAAUACAGAACCCACGACUGUGGCAAAAAUAUUUACUAACCCGGAAGCACAUGUUGGAUGAUUUCGGAGCACAGAAACUCAACGAACAGCUCCUGUUCCAUGGCUCAAACGCCGAGACUGUGAACGCUAUCUGUAAGGAGGGAUUUGAUUGGAGGCUGUGUGGCCGGCAUGGCACAAUGUUUGGGAAAGGUACAUAUUUUGCUAAAGAUGCCAGUUAUUCUGAUGGCUAUUCUCACAGUGGUGAUAUGUCAUUAAAUUCCAAGGCCUUUCAUCGAGGAGCAGCAAUACUACAACAUCCUACAACAACAUUUUCACUUCCACCAACACCAGCACCACACCUGACAACAGUACAGCCAUUUCCACGAACUGACAAGACGGGAAGGUCCAAGUUGAUGCUGUGUGCCAAGGUUCUGUGUGGUCGUAUGACGGCGGGAAACAAGCGUAUGCUUCGGCCUCCACCGGAUCCUGGUGACUUGAAGCAGAGACCGUUCAAUUCUGCAGUCGAUAACCCAAUCAACCCAUCCAUGUUCGUAAUAUUUGAGAGUUCGCAGACUUAUCCAGAAUAUGUUUUGGAAUAUUUAUGAUGAAGUGGUUCAUGUCCUGUCUUUCUGUUCUAGCGCCAUAAUGGUAACUCAGUGGCACAGAAAUAAAUUGGGGCCAUUGCAUUGAUCACCCUGACCCCCACCCCCCUCCUUCACCCAGCCCCACCUCCAUCACUGGGCAGGCAGGAUAUAGCUUGGCAAUAGAGCACAUAACUCACCCUCACCCCCUCCUUCACCCAGCCUCAUCUCCUUCAUCACUGGGCAGGCAGGAUAUAGCUUGGCAAUAGAGCACAUAACUCACCCUCACCCCCUCCUUCACCCAGCCUCAUCUCCUUCAUCACUGGGCAGGCAGGAUAUAGCUUGGCAAUAGAGCACAUCUCACCCUCACCCCCUCCUUCACCCAGCCCCACCUCCUUCAUCACUGGGCAGGCAGGAUAUAGCUUGGCAAUAGAUCACAUAACUCACCAUUGCAUUGGUCACCUCCACCCCCACCCCCGCCUUCACCCAGCCUCAUCUCCUUCAUCACUGGGCAGGCAGGAUAUAGCUUGGCAAUAGAGCACAUAAUUCACCAUUGCAUUGGUCACCUCCACCCCCAACCCCCGCCUUCACCCAGCCUCAUCUCCUUCAUCACUGGGCAGGCAGGAUAUAGCUUGGCAAUAGAGCACAUAACUCACCAUUGCAUUGGUCACCUCCACCCCGAACCCCCGCCUUCACCCAGCCUCAUCUCCUUCAUCACUGGGCAGGCAGGAUAUAGCUUGGCAAUAGAGCACAUAACUCACCAUUGCAUUGGUCAUCCUCACCCCCCUCCUUCACCCAGCCUCAUCUCCUUCAUCACUGGGUAGACUGGAUAUAGCUUGGCAAUAGAGCACAUAACUCACCAUUGCAUUGGUCACCUCCACCCCCACCCCCACCCCCCUCCUUCACCCAGCCUCAUCUCCUUCAUCACUGGGCAGGCAGGAUAUAGCUUGGCAAUAGAGCACAUAACUCACCAUUGUAUUGGUCAUCCUCACCCCCCUCCUUCACCCAGCCUCAUCUCCUUCAUCACUGGGUAGACUGGAUAUAGCUUGGCAAUAGAGCACAUAACUCACCAUUGCAUUGGUCACAGGCUGUGGUAUGUGUUAUCCUGUCUAUGGGAUGGUGCAUAUAAAAGACACCUUGCUACUAAUAGAUAAAUCAAUUUAAGAAUUACAAAUGAUUAACAUCCAAUAGCCGAUGAUUAAUAAAUAUCAAUGUACUCUGGUGGUGGUGUUUAACAAAACAAACUUUUAACUUUUUUUUGUUUUUAGUCAAGUGUGCCUUGACACCACUAACAAUCAACGUUUUAUGAUCUAUGCCAUUUUGUUUUAGUAUUUACAAACCACUUUGAAAAGAAUUCACAUUAAAUUGGUAUUUUGUUGUUUUCAUAUUAAAUAAAUGUAAGUAAUUUACAAUAUUAAAAAUAUAUUUUCUGUA